UCCCAGCUGAGAUUAGAAAAUAACAGCAUGGAUCAGAUGAUCCAGGAGCGUGAGCAGAAAAUCCAGGAGCUUCAACAGUCAGUGAAGACCAGCAGAAGUAAAGCUGAGGAGGCGUUAUCGUACAGCAGGAAGGUGAUGACCGCUUUGGUGCAGCACAUAAAGACAGAGUUCACCAGACUGUCUGAGGCGAUCGAGACGAAGCAGGAAAUAAAUGAGACAGAGGCAGAAAGCUUUAUUGAUGAGCUGCAGGCAGAGAUUACACACAUGAAGAAGAAGAAGCUGCAGUUUCAUGAAGCUUCGCUCAUCAGAGACCCCUUCAGCUUCCUGGAGAACGUCCUCCCUCUUACCUACAAUAAGCCCCAGCUGCAGGACUGGUCUGCUGUGACUGUAACCAGUGACCAGUUUAUGAUUCAGGAGACCCUGGCCGAGCUGGAGACAAAAGUCAGAGAAGAAGUCAGCAUGCUGUGUAAUAUCAACUUCAGAUGUGGGAAACAACAGAGGACGAGUAACGUCUCAAAAUACAAGGACAUCAUCUCCAGAAGUGAUCUGAUCAGUUCAGGACCUCCUGCUGUCUACCAGCUGAGAGCAAAGAAACAGAAGUUUGGAACAAGAAUGACUGUUGGAGAAAAAAGACAAGACAAGACAGACAGAACCAUCUUACUUGUGGGAGAAACAGGAGCAGGAAAAUCACACUGA